UCUUGAUGGCGCUAUCUCAUCCCGGGGUCCCCACAUCACUAUCCCGACAUCGCCAUCUCAUCGCUGCUUCAUCCCGCAACGACUCACAGCAAAGGAUUGGAGUCACAAUUUCGGCUCCAAACUCCAUCAUCAACAAUUUCAAACAAUCCUUCUCGAUUCAAUUUACGAAACGAUGCCUUCUUGGAAACGUCUCAUUCGCUUCGAGUCCGCGGACGGUAGGGUGCUGCGUGGAGAACCGAUACUACCCUCUGCCGACUUCGACGUCGGCACCGCAACUGCAGAGACUGGACUAAAGGCAAAAAUCAUCGAAGUAGCAAACAAUGAUAUUUUCGAUCCCGCCACAAAAGUUACAAAUGAAGAGGUCACUGUCAAGAAAGUCCUCGGACCCGUGACUACAGACGAAGUCCCAAUCAUUCGCUGCAUAGGACUGAACUUCAUUAAACACAUCCAAGAGGGAGGACGCACUCUUCCUCCCUAUCCAUCAACCUUCAUUAAAGCCAACACCUGCCUCAACGAACACAACGCCGCCAUCACAAUCCCUAAGAUUUCUCAAGACGACCAAGCGGACUACGAAGGAGAGCUCUGCUUCAUCAUCUCAAAAGACGCUAAGAACGUCUCCGAAGCGGAGGCAUACGACUACGUCGGUGGUUACCUUUGCGGCAACGAUGUUUCCAGUCGUAAAUUGCAGCGAGACCCCAAGCUUGCAGGAACUGUGCCGCAAUGGAAUUUCUCGAAGGGAUUUGACUCGUAUGCGCCGUUUGGACCGCAGAUCGUGAGCACUGAGGUGGUACCUGAUCCGUCGAAGUUGUAUUUGAAGACGAUUGUCAAUGGUGAAGUGAGGCAGAGUGAAACGAUUGAUGACCUCUGCUUUAAGAUCCACACGCUCGUGAGCUAUUGCAGCCAGGGAACGACGUUGAAGAAGGGGACCGUGGUCAUGACGGGAACACCAGCUGGUGUUGGGUACGCGAUGAAAAACCCGCAAUUUUUAAAGCCUGGUGAUGUCGUGGAGGUCAACAUCAAUGCGAUUGGAACGCUAAGGAACACAGUGGAAUAUGCAUAA